AUGCCCAUUGCUUUCGCUGAAGAUUGGGAUAAUGUCGGUCUUUUAGUUGAACCAAGUGCACCACAUAAUGUAUCUAAAAUGUUGCUUACUAAUGACCUUACACCUGAAGUGCUAGAUGAAGCCUUAACUAUCAAGGCGAAUCUGAUCCUCUCAUACCAUCCACCUGUGUUCUCACCACUGAAGAGGCUUUGCCAAAGUGAUUGGAAACAAAAGAUAGUGGUGAAAGCGAUAGAAAAUCGAAUUGCUAUUUAUUCCCCUCACACGAGUUGUGAUUCUCUCAAAGAAGGAGUCAAUGAUUGGCUAUUAUCUGCUUUCGACAAUGCAUGCGUGAUGCCCCUGGCAACAAAAGAAGAUCCUGCAUUUUGUUACAGCCACAGUGUCACUUUGCUAAUUGCAAUUGAAGAACGCUCUAAGCUUAUUCAGAAUUUAAAAUCCUUCCAGAAUGUUACAAAUAUAGAAUCCUUCAAUGUUUCCACUUUUGAGCAAGAAAAAGUACAUGUUGCAUUUGUAUGCACUAAAUCAGCGCUACCAAAAAUUGGUAAGCUUUUUUUGGAAUACAAUGUUGAAAAUCCAGUGUUCACAGAAAUUAAAAAGCCUCCUCUUCCUGAUGUUGGCCUUGGGCGAAUUAGUAAACUGAAGUCCAAGAUUAGUUUAAAUAAGGCAAUUGAAAUUGUGAAGGAACACUUAAAGUUGCCCCAUGUCCGAGUGGCAACAUCCCAUGGUCCUGGGUUCAAUAAUGAUGAUGAAAUUAUCAAGUCAAUUGCUGUAUGUGCUGGAUCCGGUUCUAGUGUGUUGCGUGGUGUUAAGGCUGACCUCUACAUCACAGGAGAGAUGUCACAUCAUGAAGUGCUUUCUGCCAUCCAUAAUGGUUCUUCAACCGCGGGGUCGCUUUCGUUACGACCGCGAGCAGUCGUAGAUUGCAAGACGUUGACUACGGCCACACGCGCGAACAGCAGCAGUGGUAGCACCAUCGUUUCGCUCUCGGAGGUCGAAAUACAAACCUUGGGCGUCUCGAAGCCAGUCUCUGCCGCCGCCCUCUGCCGUCACUGUGCGUGGUCGCGUUUUGCUGUCGUCGAAACUUACCUCAAACACACCGCCGCCCUCGGCUCGGACGAGACGACCCGCUGA